UCUGAGUGAUGGUGGAACAUACGGUGACACUUGGGGUUGCGGGUCUGGUUGGGGGAGUGAGUGGUUGGGGGUGGUCCCCAGCUGUCCCCAAGUGCUACUGUCUGCUCCACCAUCACUCGGACAGCCGUGCUGUGUUGCGCGCCACGCAGUGUGCACUUACAAAAGCGCUGCGAUGACAACAGCCACAGCAGCGUACGAAGGCAUAGCACAAGCAAUCCACGCACGCCCUGCACUUGCGGAUACGCUUCCGUUUUGGGUCCCCGUCGUACACGCUGCUUCGGCACCUCGCCAACUUGCAUGGCCGCUGACCGGAGACAAGGCCGCCCAGUUGGGCCACGGUGAUGUGGCAUCAUGGUGUCAAGUUCCACAAGCCCACGUUGUCCAAGACGGCGUACUCGAUCAGGUCAUGCGAGCAGCUGUCCAAGCCUUGGGAUGUACAACCCCAGACACCUGCGCCAUCGUCUUCUCACACUUGACGAUCGAUGUCGCAGGCGGCGACGUCAAGGCGUACGAGCCGCCAAGCAGACCGCCCGAUGGGGCAUUUGGCGCAUUAGUCAUUUUGCCGCCGUCCGACGCGGUUGGAGGCUUGUUUUCGACACAAGGGGACUCGCCACUCGAGUGGGCAGCGCCAGCCCACACGGCAUCGUACCUCGCUUUCGAGAGCUGGAGUCACGUGUCGGUCGGUCCCAUUCGCGCCGGGUUGCGCACCGCGAUUGUCUACCACUUGGUCGAUCGUUCAUGUAACAACGGAUGGUCGCCGCGCACUCUCGCCGUGGCCGGUGCCCUCCGCUCGGCCGCCAUGCGACCGCAGCCUACGCCGUACACUGCGUGGCGCCUCAACGACUGGUCAGAGAGUGCUGGGUCCAUUUCGGUCGUUCUUGCGCAGCAACAAGGCGCCGAGCGUUUGGCAGUGGACGCGCUCGUCGCCGCGGACUGCUUCGACGUCGUGUUCCUCCAUGCAGCACACGGGCUUGUCGGCUCGUGCGUACAUCCCGCCUUGGAAGUGCCCCGCCUCGUCACCCAAGAGUUCGCCUACAACAUUGAGGACCGCAUCUAUGUGGACGAGCCGCUUCGCUCGCCUCGCGAAACUUUGUCGCUCUGGGUCGUCUUUUGGCCCAAGCGCCAGCGCGUCCGCAUCAUUAACUGGACGUAUACGCUGGCCAACCUCUUGGCAUUGCACCGUGGCAAAGGCGACCUCUGGGGUUAUGCGUCCAUUGACGAGAUGUUUCAAAACAUGAUGGAGAUGAUCUGCGCGACCGACCAUCAGCUGCGUUUGGAGCAAAUCAAUCCCACGGCGCUGGGAGACGUCCUCUUGACCAUCGGUGACGUCGGGCGCGCCACCACGUUUGUCACCGCGUGCGUUUGCCGGAGCGCGUUCCUUCUGGAUGCCAAUGUGGCGGCGUGGACACUCCGCGCUGUAGCGCGCUUUGGCUGGACCGACAUGGCGUCGUCCCUUUCUACCUUGGCGAUCGCCGUGCUCCAGCAGUCGCCGGAGCUUGCGUUCGAAUGGCUGCGGCGCCUUGUCGACGACCACCGAGACCACACCCACGCCACGGUUGCGUACAUCCAGCAGUCGUUUUGCGUAUUUCUGACGUGGCUCCGCGACGGUGCCACAGCGAGCAACACGUUGGUCGUGAACGCCUUGUCCGUGGAUGCCUUUCUUGGCGCCAACGCCCCCUUUGUUCCACUCGACGACCUGGCGUUGGUAGCGCGCUUGCCAAGCACCUUGCUUGGGCUCGUCCAUGAGUUUGCAGCGCCGCCGCGUGCGCUAAACGUCCUUCUGGCCCGUAUGGAGAAACUCCCGAACGACGCUCACCUCGUGUGCUUGCUCGCGCGCGCCGUCCUCGAUCAACCGGGUGCAUCGCAGCGCGUCAACAUGCAGCGCGUCCUCGCCGCGUACCACCAGCUUCCAGAGUCGACAGCACCUCAUCUCUCGGACGCCUCUGGCUAUAUUGUCGAGGUUGCGCACCGACUCGGCGCGGUUGACGGCAUUCUCGAUCGGCUGCAGGAGCACUAUGGUGCGGCGUGGCUGCCGGCGAUGGCGCGCCUCGUGGACGACCCGCAUUUCGCCGGGAACAAGCAGCACCUCGCGUCCGUAGUGGAGCUCUUGCUACCAACCGCGUUUAACGACGAGUACGAGUGCCACGUCAAUACGGAGGCGUCGGCGGUGCGAUGCACCCAAGCCGCUGCGAUUGCUCGUCUGUGCGAUUUUCUCGGGGCCAACCAUCUUUUGGCGCAGGCCGUGGACGAGUUGAUCGAGCGCAUGAACGAUGUGUUCGACGUCGACAACAUCACUCCCAUCGCGCUCCACUUUUACGAGCACGUGGCGACCCAACCCGAAGCGCGACCGCUCGGCGAGCGCUGCCUCGCACGGGUGCAGACAUGGACAAACGACCAAGCCAUCCUCGAUCUCGUUGUGCCCGUGGAAACACUGAGCGACUGCGACUGCAACGACUGUGGAGCGCUCGUUUCCUUUUUGCGCGACGGAACGCAAUCGUACCUCGAAGUGCCAGCGCGUGCAGUGGGUUGCACGGGCCGAGGAUGGCUAGAAUCCGAGCGACGUCUCACUUCGACUCGCUUUUCGGUGCAUACCAAUAAGAACUCGGACGUUCUUCGCGUCAUCAAGUUCGAUCACUAUGAGCUCCAAGCGCGUGCAACGGUGCAGUUCUUGCGCGCGUCGCUUGCAUAGCAAUGAAUAGAGUAACUUUGCACCCACGCU